AUGAGCUCCUCUGCACAACCGGCGACAACGCCCAAGCCUGGGAAGGAGAAGUCGGGAAUCGGAAGGGUGUUCUCCAAGGUCAAGACCGCCUGGCGGAGUGGUUCGAAACGUCAGUCGACAGCUGCCGCGCCUCCAGCUGCGGCCCCCCAAAGCGGCGUCGUUGCCGUGCCCGUCGCCGUCCAAGUGACUAAAGCCGAUGCUGUCUCUAAGCCGAGCAGCAGCAGCCAUGCGGCCACUAGACUUGCCGAGGCGCGAGCUGCGUACGAGGGAUUGGCUGGAGUCAGCAAGCUCUCGAGGCUGGAGCUUUUCGAGGAGCGAGCAAAGAAGUUGAACGAACGAUUUGGCCUGGAGAUUCAGCCCAUGGAAUGGCAGAAGGCCAUCCCUAGCGACACCGUCCUGCGCAUGGACAAGCCCAUCCGAAUGCGCAUUCGCCGGACUUGUCAUCGUUGCAACGCUACCUUUGGCGCUGGCAAGGAAUGUCCCAACUGCAACCACGCUCGUUGCACCAAAUGCACGCGUUACCCGCCGAAGCGCACCGAGGCCGAAAUUAUUGCUAGUCGAGAGCGGAGAGCUGCCAAGAUCAAGGCCAACCGCGAGAACGCGCCGAUCGAGCCCGACUACGGCCCAGAGGACAAGAACUUUGUGCUUACACGCCCCAGCAAGACAGGCGGCCAGGACCUUGUCCACAAGAAGCCCCGUCAACGUGUCCGACGGACUUGCCAUGAAUGCAACACAUUGUUCAUUGCUGGAACCAAAGUCUGCGAGAGAUGCAGUCACGUCCGCUGCACUGACUGUCCUCGAGACCCGCCCAAGAAGGAUAAAUAUCCCUUUGGAUAUCCCGGCGAUGAAUUUGGGCCCAACAGCGUCCCUCACUACGAAUGCGAAAAGUGCAAGACGGUCUACCCUCAGGACGCCCCGAACGGGACGGAGUGCAGAAAGUGCAAGACUCCAAAAUCGAAAGCCUCUCCUCGUGCUCGGCCUCGCAAGGUGGAACCCAUACCCGACCCAGAUGUUCUGCAGCAAAUACAAGCCAAGUUGGACAACCUCAAAGUCACAUAG